CCCUCUCUUCUUCUUUCCCUUCCCUCCCACCUUUUCCGUCUAAAAGUUCCCCAAACCCUAGAAAAAACUUCUUCUCUCGAUCAUUUUUCUUAUCAAGUUUUCACUGGAAUUAUCCCGGGACUGGAAUUUCAUUUCUCUGGACUUUAUUUCCAGCUCUGACAUGUUAUUUCCCUUAAAUUGUGGAGUUUGAAUUCAACGAUUCCAACCCUUCUAGCCACCAGUGUUUUCCGUUUCUGUUUCCGGCGAUUUUCUCAUUAUUGAGUUUCCUUCUGUUUCCCAAUUCGAUUCCAUGGUUCUUGAAUUUUGAUUUUAAUAAAGUUGGUGAAGAUUUGACCCCAUUUGUUGUUGUAAUUUUGUGUGUUUGUUUUGAGUGGAAAAUCUGGGGUCAUCGAUUUCCCGAUGGAGAACAGCGGGGAAGCAGUAGACGAUCAUGGCUCUGGAUGGUUCGAAGUGAAAAAGUGGUGGUGAAGAAGAAAGCCUCCAAAGCCCAGUAAAACUGCCUGAAGUUCCACUACUUACUGUUUGAUUCUAGCAAUGGUGAAUAUUCUGAAGCAAUUACUAUAAGAAUCUUUUGGAGCUUUUACACCAUGACCGGCUUUGUCAACUGAAAGUAGAACAAAUGGCAUCUAAGCAUAGAAGUAGCUCAAAGUUCUCCUUACAAAGUUGGGUCGGGGGAUUUUCAGGAAAACAUUCGUCUACUUUUCUGCAUAAUCAGUCUUCUUUAAAUGGAAAAAAUGGAGAUUCAAAUGGCAAGCGUAGACCCAAAUUUCCAAAGGCAGGGGGGAAUUUUUCCAUGCAUAGCCAGGGUAGUGCUGGGAAUCCUAUUCCCGUAUCAAAUGAAGAUGAAAAAGGUGUAAGUUACCUUGAUAAAUGUGUAGUUAAUCAAGAUAGUGGAUGUUCCAAAUCAUCCCAGUCGGGUACCACACUUCCAACAAAUUCUAAUAGUAGAACUGGUAACGUUCAAGAAGUUCCUCAAAAGGAUAAGCCUGACGUGGUUCACAAAAUCAAAUGGGGUGAUCUUGAGGAGGAUACUUUUGUACAGAAUCAGGAAAGCUCUGUGGGGCCUGAAAUUAAGUUUGGUGCUAUUUCAGAUAAUAAUCUGCCAGUCUGCAGGAAUUCUGAGAUUAGUAAUGAUUUGGUCUCGUGUGUUUCUUCUUGUACUGAUCCUCUAGGGAACCACCUGGAGAUAAUAUCUGGGAAUGCUGAUGUUGUUGCUAACGAGAAUUCGUUAUCUCUUGGGAAUGAAUCAAUUGAAGGGAAAUCUACAAAUGUAAAUGAAAUAUCUUUGAAAGAUAUGGAAGUAUUGGUUGAGGAUGGUGGAACAGGACCAAAAAAUGAUGUUUCAUAUUGCAAGGAAGUUCACCAUGAAUGUGUCAAACUGAUAAAUGAUUGCACUUUAAGUUCUAGUUGUCCGACUGGUGGAGAUGCUGAGAUGACAGUGAAACUUCAGGUACCCAUCAUUAUGUCUCAGGAUAGUCAUUCAGAAAUUUCUGAACUACCAGUUAGAAAUGGUGAUUCAACCACACUAAUGGUUGUCCAAGACUCCAUGUCAUAUCCACCUGAAAAUAGUGGACCUGAAGUUUCCGGAGAAUCCACUAUAACAGACUCUGUUGAAGUCUCUGGGGUUGCACAGGAUAGUAAAAUACAUCAUGAUGCAUCAAAAUUGGAGAUUAUGAGUUCCUCUGGAGAAGGUGAUGCAGGGGAAAGCAAAGAAAGGUUUAGGCAGCGGCUUUGGUGUUUUCUAUUUGAGAAUCUUAAUAGGGCUGUGGAUGAACUUUAUCUUCUUUGUGAACUAGAAUGCGAUCUGGAGCAGAUGAAAGAGGCUAUUCUUGUUCUUGAAGAAGCUGCAUCUGACUUUAAAGAGCUAAAUAGUAGAGUGAAGGAAUUUGAGAAGGUGAAAAAAUCCUCUUCUCAAUUAACCGAUUCUACACCAAUGACCAUAAAAACUGAUCACCGCCGGCCUCAUGCUCUGUCAUGGGAGGUUCGGAGAAUGACGACAUCUCCACAUAGAGCUGAAAUACUGUCUUCAUCUCUUGAGGCCUUUAAAAAAAUUCAACAGGAGAGAGCUAGCAUGCGCCAAGUUAAUGAUCCAAAAAUCCCAGGGCCCGAGUUUCCUAUUCAAUAUUGUAAAGAUUCAAUAUUGAAGCCAAGAAAGCAGGGUGGAGUUUCUGAUCUCAUUCAGGGCAACUUAAAUGCAGAGAAGCGGAAUGUUGAACCUGUCAAGUCCAGCAAGUUAAACUCUAUGCAAAAUGGCCGUGUUUCUUCACAAAACUGUUCCACUUCUGAUCCAAAUUCAUGUAGGUUACCUGUCAAGGAUGGUUCUGCUUUUUCUGGAAAAGGAAAGAGAGAACAUCUUGGAUUCACAUCUGAAUCAGAUAAGCUUCUUCCUAAGAAAGAUACAAUGUUAACAGAAAGCAACAUUGAGAAAAACCCUAAACCCAUGGAUCCUUUGAAGAGACAAAUUCCUAUUGCUGAAAAGGAUAAGGAUAAGGAAAAGGAAAAGAGAAAUGCACCUUCAUGGAAAUCCAUGGAUGCUUGGAAGGAGAAAAGGAACUGGGAGGACAUACUUGCAUCUCCAUUUCGUGUCUCUUCUCGUGUUUCACACUCUCCAGGAAUGAGCAGGAGAAGUGUUGAGCGUGCACGCAUUUUGCAUGAUAAAUUAAUGACUCCUGAGAAAAGAAAGAAAACCGCUUUGGAUCUGAAGAAGGAAGCAGAAGAAAAGCAUGCACGGGCUAUGAGGAUUAGAAGUGAGUUGGAAAAUGAGAGGGUUCAAAAGCUACAGCGUACAUCAGAAAAAUUAAAUCGCGUUAACGAGUGGCAGGCUGUUCGCAGUAUGAAGUUACGAGAGGGAAUGUAUGCUCGUCAUCAGCGUAGUGAGUCUCGGCAUGAAGCUUUUCUAGCCCAAGUAGUGAGAAGAGCUGGUGAUGAAAGCAGUAAAGUUAAUGAGGUUCGUUUCAUCACAUCCUUAAAUGAAGAGAAUAAAAAGCUUAUGUUGCGUCAGAAACUUCAUGAUUCAGAGGUGAGGAGAGCUGAAAAACUACAGGUGAUAAAAACUAAACAGAAAGAGGACAUGGCAAGAGAAGAAGCUGUUUUGGAACGCCGGAAACUCAUUGAAGCUGAAAAGUUGCAGCGACUUGCUGAGACACAGAGGAAAAAGGAAGAGGCCCUAUUUAGAAGGGAGGAGGAACGCAAAGCAUCAAGUGCAGCACGUGAAGCAAAGGCCAUUGAACAACUGCGGAGAAGGGAAGUUAGAGCCAAAGCCCAGCAAGAGGAAGCUGAACUCCUGGCCCAGAAAUUAGCUGAGAAACUUAGUGAAAGUGAACAACGUCGUAAGUUUUACCUGGAGCAAAUACGGGAGAGAGCUUCAAUGGAUUUCAGGGAUCAAUCUUCACCUUUACUGCGUCGUUCUUUGAACAAAGACAGUCAGGGUAGAUCUACCCCAACCAACAAUUAUGAAGAUUAUCAAGCAACCAGCAUCUCAGGUUUGGGAAGUGCUACUAUUCCAACUGGCAAUGUUGGAUUGCAACAAUCUAUGAGACGAAGGAUUAAAAGGAUCCGGCAAAAGCUUAUGGCUCUAAAAUAUGAAUUUCUUGAGCCACCAGUUGGUAAUGAAAAUGCUGGUAUUGGAUAUAGGACAGCUAUGGGAACUGCAAGAGCAAAAAUUGGCAGGUGGCUUCAGGAACUCCAGAAACUCAGGCAAGCAAGGAAGGAAGGAGCUGCAAGUAUAGGACUGAUAACUGCUGAAAUGAUUAAGUUUUUGGAGGGAAAAGACCCUGAGCUGAAUGCUUCUCGCCAAGCUGGUCUGGUUGAUUUUAUUGCUUCUGCCUUGCCUGCUUCUCACACGUCAAAACCUGAAGCUUGCCAAGUGACAAUAUAUCUUCUGAGACUUUUGAGGGUGGUACUAUCUGUGGCUGCAACCAGGAGUUAUUUUCUGGCCCAGAAUCUCUUGCCCCCAAUUAUCCCCAUGCUGUCAGCUGCUCUUGAGAACUAUAUUAAGAUUGCAGCAUCUUUAAACAUCCCUGGUAGUACCAGUUUGUCAUCAAGCAAAGCAUCAGUGGAGAAUUUUGAGUCAAUAUCUGAAGUAUUGGAUGGGUUCUUAUGGACUGUUACUACAAUUAUUGGUCAUUUUAGCUCUGAUGAACGCCAACUUCAAAUGCAGGAUGGUUUGCUGGAGCUUGUGAUUGCAUAUCAAGUUAUUCACCGGCUACGGGAUCUUUUUGCUCUCUAUGAUAGGCCCCAGGUGGAAGGAGCACCGUUUCCUUCAUCUAUUCUCUUAAGUAUAAAUCUAUUGACAGUUUUAACAUCCAGACCUAGAACCAUUUCUUUGAUUGAUUGGAAAUCUUUCCCAGUUGAAACAAUUACAGGAAACGAAAUUCAAGAAGCUAAACUUACAGAGUCUGCAGAUUUUGGACAAUCCUAUGUAAAUAACUCCAGUGGAGAUCCCAGACCUCCAUUAUCCACACUAAAUGGUAGCACAAUUUUACCUCUACCAGAUGUACCAGAGGAUAGGCCAUUAGAUGAACCAUGUAAAAUAAAUAGAAAUAUUGAGUCAGUAUCCAUUGGCAAGGAUUGUGAGAAGAGGCUGGCUGAUAUUUCAAUUGAGUUGAAUAAUGUUGAUUCAAACAUGACAGAUGCUUCAGAUAGCUCUCAGACAAAUUUGAGUGAGGAUAUUUCCAAGUCUUGUAUACCUCAAAAAGGUGAGCAGAAUUCAAAGAAUAUUUGCGCUGAACAAAAGACUGAGAACAUAUCAAGCUUGAAGCAACCGAUGGCAUUUCUUCUUUCUGCUAUCUCUGAUACUGGCCUAGUCAGUCUUCCUUCACUUCUAACAGCUGUGCUGUUGCAAGCAAACAAUAGAUUGUCUUCAGAACAGGGUUCUUAUGUCCUUCCAUCAAAUUUUGAAGAAGUGGCAACUGGGGUGCUGAAGGUGUUGAACAAUUUAGCUUUAAUAGAUAUCACUUUUAUGCAGAGAAUGCUAGCUAGGCCAGACUUGAAAAUGGAAUUUUUUCAUUUGAUGAGUUUCCUUCUUUCCCAUUGCACCAGUAAAUGGAAAGUAGCUUACGAUCAGGUUGGUUUGCUUCUGCUUGAAUCUCUGUUGCUUCUUAGCUAUUUUUCCUUGUUCCACCCUGGGAACCAAGCUGUCCUGCGAUGGGGAAAAAGCCCAACCAUUAUUCACAAGGUGUGUGAUCUACCAUUUGUGUUCUUCAGCGACCCUGAGUUGAUGCCAAUCUUGGCCGGCACGCUAGUUGCUGCCUGCUAUGGAUGUGAACAGAACAAGGGUGUGGUUCAACAAGAAGUCAGUAUGGACAUGCUUCUUUCAUUACUGAGGUCUUGUAGAAAUGCUUUGCCUGGAGUUCGAUCCAAUUCGAUCCUAGACAGUACUCGAAUGGAUGAUUCUAGUGAAUGCAAUACAGUGGGACCUGAAUCUAGAAAACUUCUAAUGGACGUAUCUUUAAGACCCAGCCGUCAUAAUGCAAGAAGCACCCGGGGUAUUUUAGGUAAAGGUGUUGCCUCAGGAAACAGCCUCCGACUUGGCAAGAUGCGAAACCAAAGAGAUAGCAAAGGAUUAAAAACAUGUGAAGAAAUGGCCUUGAAGCACAAUAUGCAAGCCCCGGAAACUCCCUCUGCUUUGAUGUUGCACUUUAGAUUCCCUAGCAGCUUCAUGGAUAGAGCUGAGCAGUUCUUUUCAGCAGGGACUGCCAGCAUGGGUGAUGAAGUUUGAGCGCGUCCAGGACAGUAAUUCUAAUUCCCCUCCAGGUGAUGACAUCUGCUUUGACUCCAUAUGCAAGAUUGCAUCUAGGUAUUUCAAGGGAGGGCUGCGUCCCUCCACAAACACAACGUUGGUAAGCUCACUAUGAUCAAAAGUGCAGAUUCUUUUGGAGAAUCCAUUAUCAAGACUAUAGUAUGAUGCUAACAUAUGCGUAGUUCACCCAACAUAGGGCUGGGAACCUUUACAGGAGUACACGGUGAAAUUUCUUCCAAUAGUAGCCAAGUUUCAGUUUGGAUUCCUGAGGGUUUUUGAGGCAGGCCAUACCAAAGUUCUGAAAAGUAGGUCAAAAUUUGGUUAACUUUGUACACAAAUUGUGAAGACACUUUGAAAUUUAAUAUCAAUGAUAACCAGGCGUUCAAAGAGCAGGGCUUGGGCUUCCUCAUGUUAAUGCUUAUGGAUGUGAACUUGCUUUUGACAAACAGGAAUGGCAGUUAAAUUGCUUUGUAUAGAAUUUGAAUUGAUAAUUGUUGAGUUGAGUCUUGGCUGGGGUACAAAGAUGUAUGCCAACUCAAUCCGAACACGGGAAAUAAUACAAAUCACGGAAACUCAAAUUUAACAUGGAUACAACAGCCACAUGGGAAAUGAUUCAGAUACUGCCUGUUGAUGCUUCACAAUGGGUUUCCGAAUUAUUAAGCUUUGAAGGACUUAGCUCCUCGAGUUCACCUACAGUGGUGGUGCUUUUCUGUCCAGAGUAUGCACUUCCAGGAACCUUGAUUAGAAGCUCAUCUUCCAGUAUAUCCUCGUGAAUCUCCAAAUGCCCUUGAUUCUGGAUUUGGUUAAUGCAACAUUAGUCUGUCAUUUCUUAGAUUAUAUACAAACACACAUAAACCUGACCCUGCUCAAAUAUCACCACCAGACAAGAAAAGGAACUUGGUGGUUGAAACUUGCAAGACGAUGAACAGUAUCAUAGCUCAAGAACUGUGAUAUUACAGCCACCAUGGGGUUCCCUAAAGCACACAUAUUUACUAUUUUCAUGGACAGUCAAAUACAUGGUCCACCAUCUUGAAAA